GUCAACUAUUUUUCUCUUGUAUGCGCAUGCGAUACGCAUAACUUCCUUCCUUAACAAAAAGAAUUUUGGAAUAUAAUUUAACGUGAAAGUUACAAAUCUGAGUAUUGAGUGCAAUUUGUACACGUGUCGGCGUGUAAUGCAUGUAAGAUUAAAAAAAAAAACGAAAAGUGUAAAAAAUUUUAGUGGUCUGAAUACAUACAUUGUGCGCUUCGUAUAGUUUUCACGUGACAAUUUAUUAUUAAAUUCUAAAAGAAUUGGUCAGAAAAAGAAAUUUAAAUACAUUUGAUAGUUUGCACGUGUGUGUGCAUAUAUAAUUCCAUUAAGAACUUAACGAAUCAAUGUUAAUUUUUAUUAUUUAGUGCAUUAUGGUAUUUUUAUUAAUUCGAAAAAUAAUAGGCGAAAUGCGCAGUUUGUAUGGUUUUCGUUAGAAACAAAAGUAAACAGAAGUAAAAAGAAGACGAAGAAAGAUUACGAAAAAGAAAGAACUUGCCUUCUCUCAAUUUGUUACUCAAAUAAUCUUACCAUCGGAGCGGCAAGUUAUGGCGACGAACAUCGCAGCUCAGCGGAUCAAACGAGAAUUCAAAGAGGUUAUAAAAAGUGAAGAAGUAAGUCUGUAUCUAAAUGUUGCUCAAUGUUCAAUUAAAGUAGAGCUUGUAAAUGAUAGUUGUGUUGAACUAAAAGGAGAAAUAGCCGGACCUCCAGACACUCCAUAUGAAGGUGGAAAUUUUAUUCUUGAAAUAAAAAUUCCAGAGACAUAUCCAUUCAAUCCACCAAAAGUAAGAUUUAUAACAAAAAUAUGGCAUCCUAAUAUAUCUUCUAUAACAGGAGCAAUUUGUUUAGAUAUAUUAAAAGAUCAAUGGGCUGCAGCUAUGACUUUAAGAACUGUGCUGCUUUCCUUACAAGCUCUUUUGUCAGCAGCUGAACCAGAUGAUCCACAAGAUGCAGUUGUAGCUAAACAGUAUAAAGAACAGCCAGAAAUGUUUCAUCAAACUGCUAAACAUUGGACAUCUGUGUAUGCUGGCGGACCAUCAAAAAUGCCAGAAUUGGACGAAAAAAUUAAACGCUUAACUGAUAUGGGAAUAGAGGAACAUAAUGCACGAGACGCACUCUCUUCAUACAAUUGGGAUUUGGAACGUGCUACAGAGCAGCUCUUCAGUUAGUGGUCACUGGAUGGCAUUAGCUUGAUAUUAUUCAUAUACAACACCCAUUUCAUAACUCGACAUAUUUGUACAAACAACUAUGAUCCCCCACUUGAUCAUAUUUAUUGUAGUAGCAUUAUAUGAAUUCAACAUAUUAUGACAAUAUUCAAAGGAAAUAUUGGGUGGUUAAUCGAAGGCUGGACGAUAGUUGUUUAUUUAUUUUGUAAAAUAGGUAUGAGAAAAAAAAGUAGAGUUAUAUAUGAAUAAAGAGUGGGAGUGUGAAAUGAGUACAAUGAAAUUUUAAAUCGUUAUCAUAUCUUAUGAAUAGUUUAUCAUAAUGCGAUAAAUCAUUGUCUCAGAUGUUCCUGCUUGUGUAUAGAACAAGAUUAAUGAAAAAUGCUCAGAGUAAUUUUUCUGAAUCUUCAUCGCUUUCCAUUUAUAAUAUCAUACAGUGUAAUUUUGUAUAUGUGAUAUUGAUUUAGUU